AUGGCUUCCGCCGAGAGCAUUCGUGCGCGUACGCGCAUCAGCAACCUUCUCUCCCCUUCAUCCUCUCCCCCCUUCGCUUCUCCUCCUCCUCCUCAGCCUCAGCCUCAGCCUCACCCUCCUUUUACCAACGGCUCCAUGCCGAUGUCUCUGCUGGCUGGCCCCCUCGACCCCCCAACCGCCAACGGGGAUGCAGAGAUUACGGUGAACGUGUUUGGGUCAGGUGACGGGGACGAGGACGACGAGGACGACGAGGCCGCCAUUAAUACCUCCUCUCUGAAGUGCGAGCCGUCGGGACCGCUCGCGGUUGACGACUCACCCAUUUGGGGUCCGCCUGACCUCACCUACUCUCCUCCAAUACCCACUCACACCCCAACUGGCACUCGUCUCCGGGGGACACCAACUCCGCCUCGCUCAUCUCCUAUUUACGCGCCAUCGAGCCCGCUACUCCUCUUUCCGAACAUCGAGACGCCGCCUACUCGUCAUGAGACUGAUUCGAUUGCACCCAGGUACGAUGACGGAGAGGUGGUCCGAUAUGGGGCCGGGGAAUCAUACAGGCCCUUUAACAGCGGCAGCAGCAACACCAGAGACCGGUCACCGCGAAGGGGGCCGGAGCCCACUGAGAGAUAG